AUGGGUGACUACUCGAAAGCAGUGGAAUUCUACAAAAAAACAAUUAAAAUAAAAGAAAAAGCUUUAUCUCCUGAUGAUCCGGAUUUGGCUCUGUCCUACAACAACAUCAGUGCAGUGUAUUACCACAUGGGUGACUACUCGAAAGCACUUGAAUUUUACAAAAACGCACUUAAAAUCUACGAAAAAGCUCUGCCUCCGAAUCAUCCCUUAUUGGCUACUUCCUACAACAACAUCGGUCUCGUGUAUAAGAACAUGGGUGACUACUCGAAAGCACUUGAAUUUUACGAAAAAGAUCUCGAAAUCACGAAAAAAGCUCUGCCUUCGAAUCAUCCCGAUUUGGCUACUUCCUACAAUAACAUCGGUGGAGUGUAUGACAACAUGGGUGACUACUCGAAAGCACUUGAAUUUUACGAAAAAGCACAUAAAAUCUACGAAAAAGCUCUGCCUCCGAAUCAUCCCUUGUUGGCUACUUCCUACAACAACAUCGGUGGAGCGUAUGACAACAUGGGUGACUACUCGAAAGCACUUGAAUUUUACGAAAAAUCACAUAAAAUUAAAGAAAAAGCUCUGCCUCCGAAUCAUCCCUCAUUGGCUACUUCCUACAAUAACAUCGGUCUAGUGUAUGACAACAUGGGUGACUACUCGCAAGCACUUGAAUUUCACGAAAAAUCACUUAAAGUAAGAGAAAAAGCUCUGCCUUCGAAUCAUCCCGAUUUGGCUCAAUCCUACAACAACAUCGGUCACGUGUAUAACAACAUGGGUGACUACUCAAAAGCACUCUCAUUCUUAGAAAAGGCACUUGUUAUCCGUCAAAAAUCACUUCCGCCAACACAUCCUCAAAUUAAAGAAACGAAAGAUAACAUUGACUAUGUUAAAAAGAAAAUGUAA